AUGGAGGACUACUUAAUGGGCGCGCAGCAUAAGAUUGCAUUAGUUGCAUUCAACCUGCUGAACGAGACCAACGCUCAUUUCCCGGAUUACCGACGUUCUAUGAAUACACUUGAGCUCCUGGAGAUAUUACCGCACACAGAUGCAUGUAUUGGAGGUGUCUACCCUGCCGACCGUGUCCCCUGGACAUGGCCCCGGGGGAAGGGGGGCGAUUCCUGGAAGAAAAUUCGCCAAUCGUGCCCACUUACUACUGGCGAGCAAUUCGUUUUUCACUUGCUCAAACGAUCAAUGGAGGCUGAUACUCGCACCACGUGGGAACAGAGGCUGGGAACAUCAACGAAUUUCAUACCUCUGCAGGAGUUAGUCAACUUCCUGGAGUCAACAGCAAGAGGCAUGACUCCAGAUGAUCAACACGAACCAACGGUUCCUCAACGGCCAAAAGAGAAAAUUCAACGUGGAAAAUCACCACCUCGAGCACGCGUUUAUUAUGCCACCGAAGCAACAGCUCAAGGAAAGGAGCCUCAACACAUUAAGCCUGCUGAUUGCUGUGCGUACUGCAACGCCAAGCAUUUCUUUGGAAAGUGUCCAUCAUUUCUCAGCCUCUCAGCGCAGAAAAAACUAGAGCAUCUGUCAACAACACGACUAUGCUACAACUGCUUCGGUACACACCUGGUGACGAGAUGCAAGUGCACUAAAUCUUGCAUGAAAUGUCAACACAGGCACCACACGCUGUUGCACAUGGAUCCAACAGACAGAGAGAGACCAACGACAGCGACAAUCAACAGCGGUCCAGAGCAACCAUCAACGAGUGCGGAAUCAGGUCGUUCAACAUCAACACAAUCAACUAAAGUCAACGAGAAAUCAACAGCUUCAACGACUAGCCAGGGGAUAUACGCCCCCCUGAGUCAAGUCGAAGAAUCUACUCAACGGAAAUCGAUCAACGUAGAGGACACUAAGUUCUCCCACAUAUCAACGGAUCAACGACUAGUGCUCUUGGCUACGGCAAAAGCCAGGGCAUUCUCCAAAAGCGGAUUCUACACGAUCGCCAGAAUCCUCAUCGAUCAAGGCUCAGAGCUUUCAUUUAUUUCGGAAAGCCUGGUGCAUCAACUUCAACUACAACGACGACAUUCAACGAUUGAACUCAUCGGAAUUGGUGGAAAACACGCAUGUUCAACGAGAGGGAUUGUGGCAAUCACGCUCCAAUCAACGAAACAGCCAUUUCAACAAGUUGAGAUCAACGCCCACAUCCUGCAAAAGCUAACCUCACGGUUACCAACGUUCUCAGGCUCAUCUGCAUCAAUCGGAUCACUGCAGCAGCUUCAACUGGCAGAUGAGAACUAUUCAACACCUGGACCUAUCAACAUAAUUAUCGGAGCUGACAACUACGGGAAAAUCAUCGGCAACGGGAUUGAAAAAUCCAACGAUGAUCAAUUAGUUGGCCAACUAACAACAUUCGGAUGGAUCUUAUCCGGUCCAUUAUGCAACACAACGUAUUCAACGAGGACCUCCUUAUCCGCGGCAAGGGGAUCUUCCAACGAACAAUUAACGGAGCUUCUACAAAGAUUCUGGGUCCAGGAAGAACCACCAAUCUCAACAAAUCCAACCAACGAGCUCACACCAGACGAAUUAGAGUGUGAAGAACACUUUCAACGGACUCAUCAACGAGACACGUCUGGGCGCUACAUUGUGCGAUUGCCACUUCGCACAUCAACAGCAGCGCUCGGAGAAUCGAGGAAUAAAGCGCUUCGUCAGCUCCAGUCGGUGAAACGAAGACUAAACGCUAAUCCUGACUACAGCAAACUCUACUAUGACUUUAUCAACGAAUACGAAGCACUUGAUCACAUGCGACGUAUACAACAAGUAUCAGAACCAGCCACAAACUACUACCUGCCACAUCAUGGGGUUCUGAGGGAAGAUUCGCUAACCACGAAGCUUCGAGUAGUCUUCAACGGCUCCAACAAGACAUCAACGGGUAUCUCACGCAACGACAUCCUCCACGCGGGCGGAAAGCUCCAAGUGGAUGCAAUGGAUGUACUCACAUGGUUGAGACGACAUCGACUCGUCUUCGGCACCGACAUCGUUAAGAUGUUUCGACAAAUCAACAAAUGCUCUCCAUGGCUCUCUUUGAGAGUUCUUCAACUCGUCAACGAUGAAGGUCAACGAUUCCCUGCAGCAGUGCUACCGCUAACUAAAGGCCGUUAUGUCGACGACAUUUACGGUGGAGCGGACUCUGAGGGAGAAUUACAAGAAAUGAUAAUUCAACUUCAACAGAUCUGCCAGGCGGGCGGAUUUCCACUUCAAAAGUGGACCAGUAAUCGCCCAGAGAUACUCCAACAGCUCAACUUGUCAACGGGACCGGCAGGUACAGUGCAAUUCGAGGAAGCAGUCAUCAAAACGCUCGGAUUGUGCUGGCAUCCAGCAACAGAUUUAUUUCAAUAUAAAUCUAGAACAUUCAACUCAACGAGCUUCACCAAGAGGGUACUGCUAUCGGAAAUAGCUCAAAUUUUCGAUCCUCUUGGAUUCAUCGCACCAGUCAUUGUUCGAGGAAAAAUACUCAUCCAAGAGCUAUGGCUGCUCAAACUCGCUUGGGAUGAUCAACUUCCACUCGACUAUGUUCGAAGGUGGAAAGAGUUCAGGGUGGAACUCACGCAACUAAAUCAACUAUCCAUCCCAAGAUGGCUAAAUCUAUCUCCAACGACUACCAACGUACAAAUACAUGGAUUUGCCGACGCAUCAACAGCUGCCAUGGGAGCAGUCGUUUAUCUACGAGUUCGACGAGACAACGAAACACCAACAAUCAGCUUGAUGUGUGCAAAAACAAGAGUUGCACCACUGAAAAACAUCGAAUUAAAUAUAGCCUAA